AAAGAAUAAGUAACACCUGGCAGUCAGCAGCGGAGUCGCCAGUAGGUAUAUAACCUCCACUGACGCUGACUGAACCGCACUUCUACUGCAGUUCGAAAAUGGUUAACAUGAUUUUCUGUUUGACGAUAAUUGUGUUAUCGUUGGGGUCUGCGUCAGACGCCUCCCUCAUCUUCGACGCAGCUGACGUGCAGGUGACACCAGGAGAAUCGCUAACUCUCUCUUGUGGAGUCAAGCAAGAAUUUAUUCUUUGUUUCUGGGACCACGAAGACGGGAGGAGUUUCCAGGUCAAGGAUGUCCACAGUGGCUUUCACCCAGGGAUGAGAGCACCGGAGGAUCUCACCGACAAUCAGUGCGGCAUCUUCAUCAACUCUGUCAGCGUUGAAGACUCCGGAAAGUGGACAUGUAGAGUGUUCCUCACUAGUGGUGGGGAAUUACGUAACACCAAAUUAGUCGAAGCAUGUCACGAUCCCUUCAUAGUUGUGGGCAGCGAGUGCUUGUACUUCCACGAAGGUUACACGAACUGGACUACUGCCAGAGACUACUGCAGGAGCCUCAGCAACUCACAGUACACCUCAGAUCUGGCAACAGUGGACAGCUGUGAGCAACUUGGUGAUAUCUACCAACACGUUCUUAUUGAGUAUAAACCAGUGUGGCACUGGAUAGGUGGUUAUGAUAAAAAUGAGGAGGGCAGCUGGCACUGGGUGACCGGAGGCACUGUGCCUAGAAGUGCCCCCUUCUGGUAUCCUGAUCGCCCCAUAAUUGAUACUUCAGUGAACUGCUUGUGCAUGCAAAACUCAACAGGGUAUUUUUAUGAUUAUGGAUGUCAACACAAUGGUCCCUUCAUCUGCGAGGAAUUUCCCUUCACUGUAUGAUAUAAAUAAUGGAGACAUUGUAAGUUUCCAGUAACACUACAACAGAAUAUAAAAACAUAAAUAUGUUAUGGUGUAUACUGCAAUUCAAAAAAAAAUUUUAUCAAAAUAAUUAUAUACUGUGUAUAAACCUUUA